AUGUCAUAUUUAACGUCAGUUGUAUUCAAUUCUACCAAGCCCCAUACUGCUACUGUGAUUUUUAAUCAUGGUUUAGGAGAUAGCGGUGAUGGAAUAUCACCUGCAUUUUUAAACUUGAGUAAAAUAUUGGGUCACGUUAAAUUUAUUUUUCCAAACGCACCAAAUCGACCUAUAACUGUGAAUAAUGGAAUGAUCAUGCCUGCAUGGUAUGAUAUUCGUUCCUUAGGAGAUGAUAUAGAAACCCAAGGUGAAGAUGAAGAAGGCAUGUUAAAUUCAGUUAGGGGAAUAAACGGAAUUAUUCGUGAUGAAGUAGAUUCGGGUAUUCCUUCUAAUCGCAUUGUUGUUGGUGGCUUCUCUCAAGGCUCGGCUAUGUCGCUUCUGGUUGGCUUGACAUCUGAAUACCGCUUUGCUGGGAUAGUUGUGUUGAGUGGUUACCUUCCACUUAGGCAAAAGAUCUAUAGGAUGGCCACAGAAUCAAAUAAGAGAACACCAAUUUUUAUGGCUCAUGGUGUUCUUGACACGAUUUUGCCAUAUAAUUUUGGAAAAUUAUCAUCUGAAUCAUUGAUUUCUACUGGAUAUCAGGUCACCUUCAAAACCUACAAUACGUUAUCUCAUUCUAUAAAUGGAGAGGAGCUUCAGGAUUUAGCGCAAUUCCUUAAGAAUGUAAUUCCCGAUGUUUAA